GAGACACAGUGUAUACAAUAAAUAUAAGAUCAAACAAACAACAAUGAAUAAAACGUUGUUACAAAGUUACUACCUAAAAACGACUUCACUUUAUUACUGUCCUCGUCGAAGAAUUGAAACUAUUUCCAAACAGAAUAUUGAAAAUAGUUAUAAAGUACUUAACUUACCACUUAAUUCAAAACAAGAGGAUGUUCGUAAUGCAUUUCUUGAGCUAGCUAAGAAGUAUCAUCCAGACUCAGGGUCUCCAGAUGCAAAUAUUGAGAAGUUUGUUGCUAUAGAGAAUGCAUUCAGAUUGUUGUCAAAACAUAACACCGGAGUCAGCAAUAGCAAGGAAGUGGAGAAAAUUGUGCAUGAUGUCAAACACACAGCACCUCAACAUCGUCAGUACCUAAGCUUUGAAGGUGUAGGUUAUGGAACUCCCUUCCAAAGACAGAAACAGUGGCAACAAGCAAGAGCACAGAAAGCUGCUGCUAAUGUAAUGGAACAUCGUAUCUCUAAAGCUGUAGCUUCCGAUAAGGCACUACUAAAAAAGGAAAGCUACAGUAAGAAACAUGAUAUCAAAACUAAAUACGGUUUUGAUAGAUUGGUUGAGGAUUUAAUACAAGAGUCAAUAUCGAAAGGAGAGUUUGAGAAUUUAAGUGGUAAGGGAAAACCGUUGAAAGAUCAGAAUACAAACCCAUAUGUUGAUUUUACUACUCAUAAAUUGAAUGAGGUGUUAAUAAACAAUGGUUUUACACCAGAAUGGAUAACAAUGAGAAAAGAGAUAGAUCAAGAUAUUGAUGCUUUAAAGGAGGAAAUAAAAAAGGAUAGAAUGUACUUAGGUCCAUAUCCAUUGAGUGACGAAGACGGAAUUAAAUGGGAGAAAAUAUAUAAAAGUAAUAAAAAUUUAGCCGAUUCUAUCAAUAUAAAAAUCAACACAUACAAUUUGAUAGUUCCAAUGAUAAACAAACAGAAGUUUCAUAUUGAAUUUGAUAGAAUUUGUGAAGACAUAUUGAAGAAUGGUGAACAUUCUGUUAUAAAUAAACAAUCUCAAGAUCAGAUUGUGAUAAAGGAACCGGAAAAUGACAAUGGCGAUAUAAUAGGCAUUUUAUUUAAUGCUUUCGGUGAAUUGUUAACAUUUAAUAAAGAAAAAAAAGAAAAAUGUUGA